AUGGAAUUCGAUAACGACCCAAACAUCAUACUCAAACUGGAGGCUUACGGCCAUAGAGCACAUGAGAUAUGGGCAGAUCCACAGAAUGAAGCAUUCUAUCUCCCUCCUGUGUCCCGAGCCACGAAUGGAGGCUUUCGAGAGGAGGUUGUGGACCCAAAUGAUUUGUUUCGGGCGCUUACCCCGGAUUCGGAUGAACCUGGUCAAAUCAAGCUUUCCGAGCCAGCACUGCAGAUUACCUUCACCAAAAAGCCAAAGAACCCUGAAUUGGGGUAUCUUCUCGGCAGCGACCGUGAGGUAUGCGACGUGUACUUAGGUUCUCAAGAUGACUACAUCAGCCACCGGAUGUUCGUGAUUUCUUUCAACCAAUACAAUGAGGUUAUCAUGGAAUCCACAUCAAGGAAUCAAACGGUAGUCACCUACGGCGGACAGACCGGGACGCGUAGGAACUUCAUCUGGACCUUUCCGCCUGACCAGAAAAACAUCUAUGUCAAGGCUUCCAAAAUGAUACCCUUCAGAGUUAUCGUACCUACCCAUGGAACGGGCAAGGCCGCUUAUGAAGCUAAUUGCCGAAAUUUCAUGAAGUUUGCUAAAAGCGCCAGUCACACAAUGAGCCUGCUAAAUUUCACGAGCCGGCCAGAUACCAGACUAGCGAGCGGAGCAGCGACUGCUCACACAGCGGUGGAGCCGCCAUUCUACCUUCGGACCAAGAAAUUGGGCAACGGUGGUUUCGGCGUGGUACAUAAAGUACGUUCAAUGCCUGAUGGGGGAACAGCGGCAAUGAAAGAAUUCAAAACCAAAAGCGCCUGGACCUUGGAGGCUGGCGUACUUCGAAAACUCAUCAACACUCCUCACGAGAACAUCGUCAAAUUCAUCGAUUGCAGGCUAGGAGACAGGCCGUAUCUAGUCAUGGGGCUCGCUCCCGGAGGAAACUUGGAAGAACAAUACAAAACUAUGCCAUUCACCAUCCAGGAAACCGGGCUCAUGGUUCGUCAGAUGUUGAACGCACUCGUCUAUCUUCACGACAGUUUGAAAAUGAUACACCGGGAUAUUAAGCCCACAAACAUCCUGUGCGACUCUCGAACUCAUUUCAGACUCGCGGACUUUGGUUUGACUCAUGAUGUGGACGUUCUCAAGAUUUGCACAGGAACGCAGAUCUACAUGGCCCCGGAGAUGUCCGCAAACGAACCACUUACCGCUGCAGUAGAUAUAUGGGCGCUCGGAGUGAUCGUUGUCCUACUUUCAACAGCCAGCAGGCCUCCGGGCUACGAAGACAAUGCAGGUCUUGAAUGGUGUGAAGCUGUUAUUGCCUACUUUGAGAACUACAAACACAAUUUCCAAGCCAUAGGAUCCGACGGCCUCAAGCAGAACAACCUCAACUACCUUGUGGGACAACAUAUGUUGAGGCUAAUGCCAGGAGAUAGAAAAUCUGCGCUCGAAUGUCUUGAUCGAGGGGAUUACUUGUGGUCGCUGUUAGAUCAAGACAGCGAAAAUGCUGCCAAUACGUCCAUACACCAAGAUCCGACCGGGUCUUUCUCUAACACACCACGCACCACCCACCCGAUGGGGCUUCCAAAUGGUGGUAGACUUACGGAGAACCGUGGAGCUUCCGAAGAGAAUGGGGCUUUGGAGGAAGGAAAUGGAUCGAGGAGAGAUUGGAUCCGAGGAAGAGACUGA